AUGAGUACAAUUUCAAUACAACAUGACAAUUUAGAAACAUAUUAUUUAAUUUGGCUUGAUAGUUCAGUAAAUAAAUCACAAGAAAAUAUUCAAGCUCAACAAAUUCUUCGUACAUCAAUUAAUCAUUUAUUAACAUUUGAAGAUGAUGAAUUAUGUCUUCAAUAUAUUGAUAAUCUAUCCUAUGAUGAUCGAGUUAUAUUAAUUGUAAGUGGUCAAUUAGGUCAAACACUUGUUCCUCAAAUUUCUCCUCUUCGACAAAUCAUAUCAAUCUAUGUUUAUUGUAGAAAUAAAGAAAUCAAUGAACAAUGGGCUUCUUAUUAUCCUAAAGUAAAAGGUGUCAUGAUUACACUAAACGACCUUAUACAUCAAAUACAAUCUGAUCAAGCACAACGUAGAAAAUAUCAGAGAAUUGAUGAAUAUUUAACUAUCAAUAUUUUUAAAUCGAAUAUUCAUAAAGAAGGACAAUCAACACUUGGUUCAAAUGGACAAUUUAUUCAUUUUCAUUUAUUAAUUGAUUGUCUUAUUCGAAUGAAAAUAACAAGCAAUGAUAAAGAAGAAUUCGUUAAUUUUUGUAAACAAUAUUAUAAAGAUAAUUCGAAUGAAUUAAAUCUUAUUGAAGACUUUACUAAAAAUUAUUCAUCAAAUCAAGCUAUAUGGUGGUAUACACGUGAUUGUUUUCUUUAUCGAUUAUUGAAUAAAGCAUUACGAGUACAAAAUAUUGAUUUAUUAUUUUUAUUAAGAUUUAUUAUUGGUGAUAUUGGUCGUCAGCUAGAAACUAAUAAAUGUUUAGUACCAAUACGAGCUUAUCGAGCACAACAAAUGUCAAAAGAUGAAAUUCAGAUAUUAAAAAAUUCUAUUGGAGAAUUUAUAUCAAUAAAUUCAUUUUUUUCUACUAGUCUUAAUUAUACACAAGCUCGAUCGUUUCUUUAUUCUUCUAAUGAUACUACAGAUGAUAUUGAACAAGUAUUUUUUGAAAUCAAUGCUGAUCCUCGAUUAGAUAAAAUAAAAGCAUUUAGUAAAAUUCAUUCAUUAAGUUAUUUUCCAGAAGAAGAAGAAGUUCUUUUUAUGGUUGGAUCUAUUUUUCGACUUGAUAGUAUUGAAUGUGAUCAUGAAGGAAUAUGGACUAUUCGAAUCGUAUUAUGUUCUGAACAUGAACAUAAAUUAGAAACACUUUUUCAACAUAUGAAAAAUGAAUUCGAUAGUGGACAAACAAAUAUUCUAGUCUUUGGUCAUCUAUUACGAAAAAUGGGUAAAUUAGAUGAUGCUGAAAAAUAUUAUCGUCGUUCUCUUAACACAUUUUCAUAUGAUGAUUCAAAUAAAGCACUUUGUUAUCAUGCAUUAGGUCUUGUUGCUGAUGAUAAAGGUGAUUAUGAAUCAAGUUUAAUAUGGUACAAUAAAGCACUUGAAAUAUUCAUGCGAAUAUUAAAAUCAAAUGAUCCAAAUAUCGCUCUUAUUCAUAAUAGUAUUGCUAUUAUUUAUCAACACAAAGGCAAUUAUAAUCUUGCAUUAGAAUCAUAUGAGAAUGCAUUGACUAUUUGGAAAAACGUUUUUGGUGAAGAUCAUCCUCAUGUUGCUAUAUGUCUUAAUAAUAUUAGUAAUGUAUAUCGAAAUGAAAAGAAAUAUUCGAAAGCAUUAGAAUGUGUAGAAAAAGCAUUGGUUAUCUUUCAAAAACAUCUUCCUGCUGAUCAUUCAGAUUUAGCUUCAACCUAUGGAAGUAUUGGUAAUAUUCAUUUAUGUCUUGGUCAUCAUAAUCAAGCAUUACAAUAUUAUAAUCUUUCAUUGAAAAUCUAUGAAAAAUGUCAUCCAUCUCAACAUCCUGAUAUUGCUAUAACAUUGAGUAAUAUUAGUAGUGUUUAUGAAGAUAAGAAUGAAUAUCAACAAGCACUUGUUUAUCUUGAACGAGCAUCAGAUAUUUAUCAUGAUUUGUUACCUUCAACACAUCCGAAUGUUAUUCAACUUGAACAGAGUAUUAAACGUGUUUCAGAAAAAUUAAAAUAA